GGGUUUUAUAAUUGACCCACAGCGACCACCGUACUCAACGGGUUACGGAAUGCCUCCUUACAUAUCUGCUCUAUAUAACAACAACAACAACAACAACAACAACAACAACAACGCUUUAACAAGCAGGCAAAUAUUUACUUCACGUUCCUCCGUGUGUACGGAAACAUUUGAGGGACGCACCGGAGGAACGAGCUGUUUGUGUUAGCAUGACGGUGCUAACGUUAGCCACUUCCGGUAGUUUAGUAACAGUGUAAUGACUCAUUACCGACAGACAGGCUCUGCGGACAGACAGGCUCCCUGAAAGGUGACUCAGGUACAUUUAAAUUAAAGUUCUGACAGACUGAAUAUAUUUAUUUAUAUUUAUUUAUGUUUAUUUAUGUUUAUUUAUGUUUAUUUAUGUUUAUGACGUCGCCUUCAGCAGGUAAACACAUUUAUUUACUCUGGAACUUUGUUUACUCUGAAUGUUUCCUCCUGUGUAGCACAAUGUAAACAACUUUAAUUUUGGAAAGGUAAGCUUAUAUAUCUUUAAAGAUGUUGUUGAUUGUGUAAAAACAAUCUUUCUCUUCGUUUUAUGAGCGAAUAAAGUCUGAAAAAGGAAAACAAACCAACAGGAAGUGUGUGCAGCAGUGUAAACAUCCCAGCAGAAACAGAAAACACAUGUUUGGAUGGACAAUGAAUAAAAGCAGAAUAAAGAUUCGUUCCUCAGGUGAGAUGGCUCAGGUGCGGCGGGCAGUCAGUGAGGCAUUGUGGGCGAUGUGUGCGGCCGACUCCGUGUCCAUGCCGGUCCACUGGUACUACGACAUCGACGACAUCCGGAGGGACUUCGGUGGCUGGAUAUCGGACUUCAACCCGCCCAGAACCAGACACCCGUCCAGCAUCCUCAGCCUCUCCAACACCACCGGCAGCGGUCGGACCGCCUGGUCGUCCGGCGCCAAGCGUCCCGAAGUGGUCGGGAACGUGAUCCUCCACGACAAACUGAGCCUGUGGAAGUCGUCCGAGGGUUCGGUGCACUACCAUCAAGGUCUUCGGUCCGGUGGAAACACCCUGAACGUCCUCUGUUCCCUCCGAGCCGCCCGGUCGCUCGUCUCCGGUCGUUUCCCCGACGUCUCUCAGCCGGACGCUCGAGCCGCCGUGCUGUCAGACUACGUCCGCUUCCUGACCACGCCCGGCACGCACGACGACACCUACGCCGAGUCCUUCCACCGCUCCUUCUUCGCCGACUGGCAGGACGGCAGGCCGACCUCGCCGCGGCAGGUUCUGGCGUUUGCAGAGAAACGCUCGGGGCAGAAGUUGAGCUCCUCGUCCGCAGACAGCCAGCUGGACGCCAUCGGCUGCCUUCCCAUGAUCCUCCCCUUCGUCCUGCUGUCCGCCUCGUCCAAUGAGGAGCGAGCUGUUUCAGCAGCAGUGGAGUUCGUGAAGCUCUCCCACCCUCACCCCAAGGUUCCCGAGUACGUGUCCAUCUACAGCCGGGCGCUGCACGCCGUUCUGGGCGGAGCCAGCGUCCGCCAGCAGGCCGAGCACGCUCUGAGGAGGCUGGACGCCUGGGACACCUGUCAGAACUACAGCCGCAGGGCCGCCAGGUGUGCGGCGUCCUCUGAGGAGCGUCUGAAGGUCCAUCAGAGUGCAGUGAACUACCUCGGUCUCGCCUGCUACACUAAAGGAGCUCUGACCUCCAUGUUUUAUCUGGCUCACGAGUUUCAUGACGACCCUCGAGGAGGAAUCCUGGCCAACAGCAACUGUGGAGGUGUGUUUGUUGUUGUUUUGAUGCUCCAGGUGAGAACUGUAACCGCGGGGCGGGGCUGGGAGCCCUGCUGGGGGCGGGGGGGUCGUACAGCGGCGCCGUCAUCCCGCAGGAGUGGAAGGACGCGCUGAGAGACGCCCAGGAGUUCAUCCCCGACAUCCUGAAGGAGAUGCAGUGAGAGCAGCGGAGGGGAGAUUGUUUACUGACAAACAACAACAACAAACAUUCAGUUUCUAUUAUGUUGUUUUUGUUUAAUAAUGAAAAUGUUAAUAAAGUUUUACCGUGA